AUGACGUCACAGGUCAGCUCUCUCAUAGGUAACACCACAGCGGAGAGACCGGUUAAAGCGAACAGGGGUUGCGCUUUAACCCAUCCUAUUGUUUAUUAUUUUCACCCCACUUUCUCUCCAUUUUCGUUCCAAGCUGGCACACUUUGGAUAAGAAUCGUCGAAUUGAAUCGGUUUCGGGAACGGAAAAUUUUCGCGGCGGCUUGGAACGUGUGCUACAUGGCAUAACCGGCGGCGGCAGUCAAAAUAAUAGGUGUGCGGUUUUCAUACGUGUCACUAUAGGGAAGACUGCCUGAAUACAGCACUGACGGUGAUCAUAUGCUAUCGGCUGCAAGUAUACGGCGUUUACAGCUGUGAAUGGGAAAAGGAUUUGCCCUCGAAGCGGUUCUACAAGAAAGGACUGCACCUUGCAUUCGGAGACACAUCUAAUCCAGUAACCAUGACCCUGGAAGCAACACACCUCCUGGCCGCUGCGAGCGGGUUCCUCGGCAUGCUGAUGAUCUACAAGUUCAUCAGUCCCCGGGUGGUGCCGCUCUGGUUCCCGGCAUACCAUGCGCUGCCCUGGGAGAAGCAGAUACAGGUCAACGAGAUCUUCAUGGCGGGAAGUCACUCCGUGGUCGUCUGCAUCUCCUCCUGGGUGGCGUACUUCACUGUGGAGGAGCUCAAGCCUACUACACUAUGGUAUGACUGUGCGUUAACCAGACACACCAGCGCCUUUUUCUGGGGGUACAGUAUCGCAGACCUGUUGUUGAUGAUCUGCCACCCACAUUUCGGAGACGUGUAUUUCCUGAUGCACCACGUGGUGUCUCUCAUCGCCGGGUACCUGGGAAUGGCCAGCAUUUCCAUACCGUACUACGUGAAUGUGUUCCUAAUGAUGGAGUUAACCAACCCGUUUGUGAACUUCAGAUUCAUGCUGAAGGCGCUAGGUUACCCUGAGAAGAGCCUGCUGUUCUCCUGCACCGGUGUGCUCAUCUUCAUCACGUGGUGGAUCGCUCGCCUCGGUCCCAUCCCGAUCUACGCCUACCACAUGGCACAGCUCAUGAGCACAGGGGGCUUCUUCAAGAUCGAGUUGUCCAUGCAGCUGACCAGUGUCCUAGGAUACGCGUUUUUCACGGUCCUGAACCUAGCAUGGUUCCGUGUGAUCAUCAAGCUCUUCCAGCGUGAAAUCCGGGGACUGAUCCAACAGGGGCAUUCCAUGGCUAAGAGAGUACAGCAGGAAACCAACAGCAAAAAGGGUGGUUAAAACGGUAGAAUUCUACUCUAGAGUAGAGUAGAGUAGAGUACAGUCAAACCUGUGUGCGGUGAUCAUCCAAAGAGUCACAAUAGAUGAUUAUAAACUCUCCAAGCGGAGGUUUAAUAGGCUCGUUUUAUGUCAUUUUAGGCUUUUUGUCGACCUUAAAUGGUACACAACAAAGCCUGGAAAAUACUUUGAAACAAGUCACUAAGACUAAACUCUGUUUGAAGAGUAAACAUAGACAGGUGGCCACUAUAUGGACAAUAUUCUUAUGCCCUGAGCCAAUUGGAAAGAUAAUCUACAUGUAAGGAACUACCAAAAAGUGGCCAUAAACUAGCGAUCACUACUACAGGUUUGACUGUAUGUAUCGUUUCCCCUUCUUUGCUGUAAAAUUCUGUACGUAACUCUGAGAAGGUGCUCUGUAGGGACGACCAAAAUCUCCAGCUGUUUUGGAGCUGAAACUUUCAACAAAUUGAGGAAGUCGCAUUAGAUAUAUGUAUAUGUAUGCAUAUGUAUCUGUAGGCAUGGUUGUACUUUUCACGUGGGUUAUGGCUAAUGUAUUGUUGCAUUUGGUACAUGUGGUUCUCUAGUACAGAAUGUCAGAGAUGUUGCGUCCAAAGCCUAAGGAUAUAGACUGCGAUGAUGCGCGAUUUAACAUGUACCAUCAUGUUAACGUUGUCUAAUGCUGGUGAAGAUUUGCCUAGAGGCACAGAAACGAUCUUCUUGGCAUUAGAAAAUUUGGCCCAUAUUGCAUCGCGAAUCAUUGCUACGUAUACCCUCCAAAAUAAAUGCCAUCGGUCCUAGAAGUGUAUGAAGGAAGUUAGCCAAACAGUGCGUCGUACCAGAGAAAAGCACACACUGACUUUCAAACUACCACUUUCUACUAUGAAGGUGCUGGGUUUUCGAAUUCAGACAUAUGGAUUUUCAUGUAGUGAUAUAAAAACUUUUUCUAAACUUCUCAAUAGGAUUCAGUGAACUGUCAGUAGAGCUAUUUUAACUGUUGUCGGUGACACGCUUUUCGUGUACGUUGUGACUAGUGAUGUGAAGGUAUAUUCAUCAUUGACAUUUAAUAUACUGUACUUGAUUAAUCAUGAUCAAGCACAUUACAAUUCAGCCCUUACAGAAAUUACAAAAGCUAUCCAAUUUAACUAUCUGGAAAUGUAAAAUAUAGUUAUUUAUUACAGAUUUUUGGAAUAUAAUAUUUGUAAUUGGGUUAUUCAUUAUCACUCUAUAAUUGAGGAGGAAAACCCAAGCCAUAUUUGCAUCUGCUACUAGUGUAAGGGAAUGCUCCUUACUUAGAUCAUUGCUUCUCAAACAUGUAAGGAAAAUGUCUUGAAGGUAUCUUCAGAUUUGAACUUUAGAACUCUUUGCCAUAUUAGUGAGUUCUUUUAAAUGGUCAGUAGUGUGGAAUGUGUAUGUAAAAUGAUAUGUCGCAUUUAUGAAAAUAACUAUAUUUAGGAAUAUGCUGUGUGGCAAUAUGAAGGGUAUUACAAUGUAUAUGUAGCAAGAUUUCAGAUGCAGGUCAACUUUUGAAUGGAUUAACUCUAGCCCUAUGUGGGGUAUGGUUUACGAAACAAACAGUAUUAUUAUCUUUUUUAUUUUCUCCUCCCUUUCUUUGAAUGCAUAGAUUUAUAUGCUGCUACUGAUAGGUGCAUUCAUAUAUUUGGUAUCAUGUUGGAAAAAAAAUCGAAAAUUUUGAAGGAUACUAGGAAACCCUACCACUACAAGAGUGUUAAUUUUAAAUUUCAAAUGCUUCACUUCAAAAAUCUUACAAUCCAACUUGACACUAACUGAUAUUAACUUUAAGUUUCAAAUGUCAUUAGAAACAUUCUUCCCAUUUCAAUACUACCAUUUCAAAGUGUCAUAGUAUUGAAAAUUGGUAAAGAUAUUCUUUAGAUUUUUGAAAUCAAACUUUUGGGUCUUACAAUGGUUUUGUGUCCAUGAUAUUUUUACUAAUUAAGAAAGGUGCAACGGAAGAAACGUUAUCAGUGUUAUAAAAAUGUGACUUUUUCCACUAUUUAUGGUGACGCGGGAAUAGACGGAACAUGCUUUCUUGCCAUCAAUGUGGUAGAUGCAUUCCUGUCAUGAACUCUGUACUUUAAGUACUAGACAUAUAGCUGCAGCAUUUACCUGUGUUUGUAGAAGUAUCAAUAAAAAAAUUGAACCAAAUAUACAAUAGACAAAUUCUGCAUAACACAACUUCACAGGAGCAGUGGAUUGACUGGUAAGCAUAAAAUUUGUGUCUGUUCACUUUCUUGUGUUGUAGUACUUGUAGGUUACAAUUCAACUUUGACUCAAAGAAUUGUAUUACAAAUAUUUGUACUUGGAAAUGGUUUAAAAUUCUAGGGUCUCUGAAGAGCUGAAAUAAGAACUUCUAUCACAGCUAUUGUAUCUUAAUACAUAUUUAUUAUCAUUAAUGGCUAUCGGUAAAUGUGACAUGAAAAAAGUCUCUACAGGGUUUGCUCUUGCGGAACAGAAGCAUCUGAAGCCAGUCUGUGGUAUUUGAGCAGUACACAAUGUCUGUAUUGGUAUGAGGGAUGUCAUUGGUGUGCUUAUCAAUAAACAGUUGU